ACCGAAAUCGCCGUCAUCUAUGCUAUGAUCUUGGUUGACAUGUUGCAAUUCCUCGAAUGCCCGCCUCGUAACAAGCAGGAUGAUCUGAAAAACUGGAUGGCCAUUUUUGGUUGGAGACUGGUUAAUCCACAGGAAAUUAUAAAGCCACCGAAAGUGCUAGUACGCGAAGCAGAUGAAGGAACACAACUAGGCGUUAACUAUCGUCCCAAAAAUGCAAACAGUUCUUACCUCGCGCCUCUAGAAGACAUACACUGGAUGUUCUCAUUUGCCCGUAACGUUCCCGUUAGGUGUUUCCGUUUGGCAAUUGUUAUCGUUAAGCUAACGGGUAAUCCACAUUACGUAAAGGAAUACGGUAACGGGGCAAAUGAGAACACCCACUGUAAUCGG